AAGAGAGAGAGAGAGAGAGAGAGAGAGAGAGAGAGAGAGAAAGCAAGCCGACGCCCCGUUACCUCGAGUUGAGACUCGGUAACUGCUCACUUCAGCUCUGGUUCUGCUGCUUCUUCUGCACUUAUUUUCCUCCUGUUGGAGAUAAACAGAGAGAGAAACAUUUUCCUCCUGAGGUUCUAAAUCUAUAACCUUCUAAAGGCUCUGACUGGGACCCCGGUAUUAAAAAUGUCAGAAACAGAAGCAGGACCGAGUGUUAUGGAGAAACUGAAGACUUAUGUCCGGACUCGGAAAGGAACCAUACUGGCGGGGGAGAUGCUCCUAAGCCUUAUCGUCACCAUCUGUUACGCAGCGUCACUGUAUAACGGAUAUUCGACGGUGGGGAUUUGCGAGCUGAUCUUCGCCGCCAUUUUCUUCGGCAUCUUCAUGAUGGAGCUGGAUAAACAAUUCCUGCUCGUCAACUGGCUUUGGACUGACUUCUUCCGCGCUGUGAUUGGUGCAGUGCUGUACAUCUUGACCUCUUUGAUUUGUUUGAUCGCAGGAGCCGGAGACGGAGCACGCAUCGCAGGAGGGGUGUUUGGACUUAUUGCUGGCAUUUUGUUUAGUUAUGAUACCUACACACUUAUUACAGAAAUCAGGAGCACCCGAGGGCGAUCGACUGUUUCCACAGAUGCUUGAACAUCAUUAUAACAGCAACAGCACCUGUUUGGGAAGAAGUUGGAAGAAACAAGGGACUGAAACAUGGCAAACUAAGAAUUUCAACAGUUGAUGGGUAUGAUGAGGUCACUGAUGUGGAAUUGCGGAUGCUGCGCAAUGUCGUGGAAAAAACAAAAAGGACACAAAAAGGCUGAAAUAUUUGCAGUAUUUAAGCCCAAAGUUUUAUUUUAUUUUAUUUGGCAAAUAUUUCAGCCGUUGUAGCACUAUUAUUUAGGUUACACCAGAAGGCUUCUUUUAACGUCAUGUGAUGUCAUUGUGAUCACAUGAUUAGGAAAUACUAAAGGGAGUGAAGAAGAAUGAUUCAAUUUAUAUAUUUAUAAAAAAAAUACAGUCCAUCUUGCCCAAGAGACCAAGGAAGCAUCACACUAGGAAAAGGGAAGUGAAAAUAAGAAACUCUGGUUCAGUUUGGGUUUGGAGCUGUGUUGAGUCUGUUUCAAAUACAACGUUCACUUGAAUUGGCCGAAUGUUACAGCUACAAUUGAUUCUGAAAACUAAUAUUUGAUUAUUGAAUAGGUUAUUGUUGUGCGUUCAAUUAAAACAUUUAAUCUGAAGUAAUCGGAUAGUUCAUUUUGUUUAAUGUUUGUGUUGAGUUAUUUAAGUACAUUACUAGCUGUCAAAUGAAUAGUAGUAGUAAUAUAACAUUUAUAACAGUGUUUUGGCAAAGAAAUCUUUCUAAUUGUUUAUUAGUAUUUCAUUUAAUUAGAGUUUUUCUUCAUUUUCCUUCACCAGUGACAGGAAAUCAAAGGUGCUAACACCCUGAUGUAUGAAUCGCUGAACCGAGUCGUAAAAAGGAGGUUUUUUUUGUGUUAAAAAUGUCCGCUGUACACAACAGGAAUUAAUCCUGAACCCAGCUUCACUCACCUGUUAGUAAAUAAUUGGCUCUAUAACGUACAUUGCUAUUUACUCACUCCAUCUCUGAUUACACACUUCUGUCUUUAAUUGGUGAUCUGGUCUAAAUUGUUUCUGUGCAUUAUUUGACUUUGAUUUUUUUUCCAUGAUUUACACACUAUAUUUAAAGAAACUUCUGUGUUUCCUAUUGUUUUAUGUGAUGCAUCUUUGUUUAUGAAAACCUCACGUUGUUGUUGUUUUAUUCAUGGUUUGUUUUUUGAGGAUAAUGAGGUUAAUAUGCUUUAAUGCUUUGUACACAGUCUUAGUUUUAUCCUUUUACAGUUGAAAAAGAUCAUUUUCAAUAUUAGUUGCCCGUAAUGUAACAGAGUGCCUUAAGACUUUUUUGUCAACAUACUCAGGAUACACCUUUCUUCCAAUGUUCAGUAUAUAUAUAUUUUUUUUAUGUUAGUUCUUAAUAACAAUGGAAAUAAAGACAUUAAGCAGUGUUUUA